AUUACCCUACUAAUUCAGUUUUAUUUUUCUUUUUUCUCUCGACCACGACGGUAAGCGUCAUUUCCUAUGUACACCAUGUGAGAGAAAAAGUAUGUUCAUAAAUUAUUUUCCAAAGAUAAUUUAUACAAAUGAAUGUUAAAUAGAAUCUACGUUCUAGUAAGAUUAUUUUGUUUUUUCUUAUGGACAUAACCCACCCGAUUUAACGUAAUCGACGAAUUGGUAUUGGCGUGUGGGUACACUAUUUAGAGAGUGGGAGUGGAAGAGGCUCUCGUUGAGAGGUUCAGAAUGAACGGCUUAAGAAGUGAAAGAGCACCUCUCUUGGAGGCUGAACGCAACGGAAGAGAAAAGAGGGAUGGUGACUCGGCAGGUCAAGUUUCAGACCUUGAACAUGGUGAUGCUGUGCCGGCGGAAAAUGUGGGAUUCUGUCGAGUGUUUUCACUUGCUAAGCCUGAGGCUGGAAAGUUGGUGAUUGGUACGGUGGCUCUGUUGAUUGCAGCCACAUCGAGUAUCUUAGUUCAAAAAUUUGGUGGGAAGAUAAUUGACAUUGUCUCAAGGAAUAUUCAAACUCCGGAGGAGAAAGAUGAGGCUUUGAAUGCUGUCAAAAGCACCAUACUAGAAAUCUUUUUGAUCGUUGUUAUCGGUUCAGUUUGCACAGCACUUCGAUCUUGGCUUUUUUAUUCUGCCAGUGAAAGAGUCGUUGCACGGCUGAGAAAGAAUUUGUUCAGUCACCUCGUAAACCAGGAGAUAGCCUUCUUUGAUGUUACUCGAACUGGGGAACUUUUAAGUAGGCUAUCUGAGGAUACACAAAUCAUAAAGAAUGCUGCAACUACCAAUCUUUCUGAGGCCCUGAGAAACUUUUCAACUGCAUUCAUUGGUCUGAGCUUCAUGUUUGCAACAUCAUGGCAGUUAACAUUGUUGGCUUUGGCUGUUGUACCUGUUCUUUCUGUCGCUGUUCGCAAAUUUGGCCGUUACCUGCGUGAACUUUCUCACAAAACUCAGGCUGCAGCUGCAGUAGCUUCUUCAAUUGCUGAGGAAUCCUUUGGUGCAAUAAGAACAGUAAGAUCUUUUGCCCAAGAAGAUUAUGAAAUAACACGCUACUCAGAGAAAGUUGAAGAAACACUUAAUCUUGGUCUUAAACAAGCUAAAAUUGUUGGACUAUUUUCUGGAGGCCUUAAUGCUGCAUCUACACUUUCAGUGAUUGUAGUUGUUAUAUAUGGAGCUAAUUUGACCAUCAAGGGUUCCAUGUCCUCGGGCGAUCUGACAUCUUUCAUUCUUUAUAGUCUCUCAGUGGGGUCUUCUAUAUCUGGUCUGUCAGGAUUGUAUACAGUAGUUAUGAAAGCUGCAGGUGCCAGCAGAAGGGUAUUUCAACUUUUGGAUCGUACCUCAUCCAUGCUUAAACCAGGAGAUAAAUGUCCACUGGGUGACCAAGAUGGGGAAGUAGAACUAGAUGAUGUAUGGUUUGCCUAUCCAUCACGCCCUAGUCAUCCAGUGCUCAAGGGCAUUACAUUGAAACUGCAGCCAGGCUCAAAGGUCGCUCUUGUUGGUCCAAGCGGUGGUGGAAAGAGUACAAUUGCAAACUUAAUUGAAAGAUUUUAUGACCCAACCAAAGGAAAGAUUCUGCUGAAUGGGGUUCCUCUGGUAGAAAUAUCACACAAGCACUUACACAGAAAGAUUAGUAUAGUGAGUCAGGAGCCUACACUCUUCAACUGUUCCAUAGAGGAGAACAUAGCUUAUGGAUUUGAUGGCAACGUGAAUGCCAUUGACAUAGAAAAUGCAGCGAAAAUGGCCAAUGCACAUGAAUUUAUAUCAAAAUUCCCAGAAAAAUACCAAACCUUUGUUGGAGAACGUGGUGUAAGGCUUUCAGGAGGGCAGAAACAGAGAAUAGCUAUUGCUAGAGCCCUGCUUAUGGACCCUAAGAUUCUUCUACUAGAUGAAGCCACCAGUGCCCUAGAUGCUGAAAGCGAAUACCUAGUACAGGAUGCCAUGGAAUCUCUCAUGAAAGGAAGAACAGUUCUAGUCAUUGCUCAUAGAUUAUCAACUGUUAAAACUGCUGAUACUGUUGCAGUUAUUUCGGAUGGCCUAGUAGUCGAGAAAGGCACGCAUGAAGAGCUUCUAAGCAAGAAUGGUGUCUAUACUGCAUUAGUCAAAAGACAACUACAAACGACAACAAAAGCCGAAAUCUAGACUCUGUCUAACAAGUUUUGAAUAACACAAACCUACUAUGUUGCUUGUUAAAACACUCUAGGGUGCCCACAAGGGGAGGGGGAACAAGAUAGUUUGAGGCACAAGUUCCUUGGAAAAUCCACAUUAUCGCAGUUGCAAGUUACAGCAUUAAACUUUUAGCAACAAAUUAUGGAUAGUGGUCCUUAACUGACCUCUGGUCUAAAAUCUAAUUCUCGCUUCUUGGAUUAAGUAUUCUGUUUUGCUGCUCUUGAAUUGCCAGGGUCCCAAGAUUUUAAAAUGAAUGGGGAUUCGUGCAAUUCGUUUGAUCCCAAAUUUUGUGAAAAUUUGCAGGUGUUGUGAUCUAUACCGUAAGUAUAGUUGCUAGAGUAUUAUCGACAUGUUUUAUCUGCCAAGUACAAACAAUUUAGUGCCGAUCUCUUCCCCCACUUCAUCACGAAAAUAUGGAAUGCUUUUUUUUUUUUAAUUUAGUUUUGAUUCGGUAUGUUAUCUAUUUAUUAUUCACCACAUCGAAUAUUUACUAUUUUUCUUCUAUUGUUAAAAGUCGAUAUUCACUAGAAGACAACUCAAAUGUCAUGAUUUACCUGUACAAAGUUGUCUCUAGUGAUGAAAGAAGACAACUCAAAUACUAGAGGUCAAAUGAAGUUGCUUGAUUUGGAUGUGAAUCGCAAAAAAAUUAGAAGAAUAAUUUAAAAUCUUCUCUGUUUUCGCGCCUAUAAAUUCUCUUAAUUGCAAAGCUCUUGCUAGAAUACCAAGUUGGGGAUGCACAGCUUUUGCUGUGGCAACUAUAACACUCGUGUAGCUGUAGCUUGGGUGCAAGUCCUUAAAAUUGAUCAUGAUGAUAUUGGCAGGGACAGGUAGAGUUGGCUAAAUUUAUAGCACACCUGACAACUUUAUUUAUUGCUGGAAAAUCUUCUUCUACCUUGUGAUUUGUGGGUGUAGUAUGUAUCUCCUCUCCGAUUAAAAAUUCGAAUUAAAUGCACAAGAAUCUUGAUUCGUCUUACCUCUAUUUGCAUCAUUUUUUUUAUUGCGUGGUUUUCUCCUUCGACUCGAGAGUAACUUGUUAAACAUAGUGAAGUAUAUGUAAUGGUGCAACUUUUUAAAGUUGCUGUAACAUUUUUGUUAUAAUAAUUUUUAUAUACGUUUCAUAAGUUAUCAACUUUGAGAUGAAUAGUUU